UAGUGGCAAACACACGCACAAACAGACUUGGUUCAGUUGAACAUCCUUGGAAAGACUGUCGACGGAACUGGCGCGCAGAGCUCGUAAAAUCCCUUUGCAUCCGGGGAAAACAAUUUCCCCAGAUUUUUUCUUGGCAAGAUGGACCAGAAAGACACCGAAAUGAACGAAAAAGGAGUUUCUUCCUCAACCAGUGGAGUUGUUGUCCAAGUCAGAGAAAAGAAAGGACCUUUACGCGCGGCCAUUCCGUAUAUGCCUUUUCCCGUUGCUGUUAUAUGCUUGUUUCUCAACACGUUUGUGCCUGGCUUGGGCACAUUCAUCUCUGCGUUCACGGUGCUGUGUGGGGCCAGGACGGACCUGCCGGAGCGCCACAUGUGCUGUGUCUUCUGGCUGAACAUCGCGGCGGCUCUCAUCCAGAUCCUCACCGCCGUCGUCAUGGUGGGCUGGAUCAUGAGCAUCUUCUGGGGCAUGGACAUGGUCAUACUGGCCAGUUACAAGGACCAGGGAGUCCCACAGCAACUCUGAGGUGACUGAUCCACACCCAAGACCAGGACAUGUGUACAGUUUCCACCCCAAGUCCACUCCAGGGGUCUCUCUCUCUCUCUCUCUCUCUCUCUCUCUCCCUCUAUCUUUUUGUCUGUCUCUAUCUCUCUGGUGUGGUGAUGGCGAGGCUUAAGAGUCCAAGAGGUGACAGUCAAGCCCAACACAGAGGUUCGAUGCUGGGAAGGAGAUGUUGUGUGAGGGCCCUGGUGCACCUGGAGCCUCCCAGCGGGUGGAGAGACGAUGGCAGGCACUGCUGCUUGUAAGAUUGCGGAACUGUCUUAACGUUCUAUGGCUAAUCAGCAACAAUAGCCAUAAGAAUAGCCACUGAAAAAAAAUGUAUAAUGUGCCAACUGUCUGUACUGUGCUGAAUACUUUAUAUAUCUGGCAUUGUAUUGUUGUAUUUUUCGUUUAUUUUCUUACUUUUUGAUAAAUAAGUAAGAUGUUAAGCCUUUUUAAGUUUCAUAAGGGUUUGUGUUGUUGUGUUGUGGGUGGGGCUUUGCCGGAUUGUGCUUCAUGAUAUGAUAUGUGAAAAUAAAGCCUUAUGACAUGACGA